AUGCGACUCAACUCCGGCGCUCUCUUCCGAAGCCGCGCCACGCGGACGUGUGCUCGGUGCAAAGGCACGCAAUCAGCACGGCGUGGGUAUAGCGUGUCUAGACGGUCGGUGAGGGUAAUUCGACCUCGGAAAGCCGUGUAUUGGGCUGCGGCUGGCGGGUCCGUGGGCGGGACUCUGCUCUUUUUCGGCGAUGAUAUACGGCAUGGUUGGCAGGCUGCGGAACGGACUGGAAGAGUGGUCUCGACAUUGGCCGUGUGUAUAAAUGACUACCGGGUUACGCUCAAGCAACUCGAAGACGCCGAAGAAGAAUCUGCGAUCCUCAAGGCAUGCCACAAACGCUGCGCCGAGCGAACGUUGAAGGUGCUGGAGAAAAAUGGUUCAAUAUUUAUUAAAUUAGGCCAGCACCUGUCGUCGAUGGGAUACCUUCUGCCCACCGAAUGGACCGAGACUUUUAUUCCUCUGCAGGACAAGUGUCCUGUCUCAUCCUAUGAAUCCAUACAAGAGAUGUUCCUUCACGACACGGGACAUCAGAUAGAAGAUGAUUUCGUCGAGUUUUCAAGAGAACCGAUCGGCGCGGCCUCGUUGGCGCAAGUUCACACGGCGAUAUUGAAAGAUACCGACCGAAGGGUGGCGGUCAAGGUGCAACAUCCCAGUUUAGAAGAGUGGGUUCCGCUGGACCUGGCUUUGACGAGGUUCACGUUCAGGACGUUGAAGAGAGCAUUUCCUGACUACGACAUGGAGUGGUUGAGUAAUGAGAUGGACUUUUCAUUACCGCAAGAGUUGGAUUUUACUCUGGAAGGAGCCAAUGCUACCAGGGCAAGGGAUUAUUUCGAACGACACACCACGUUCCCCCUCAUCAUCCCGAAGGUGAUUUCAGCGAGCAGACGGAUUUUAGUCAUGGAUUACGUGACAGGGGCGAGAGUGGACAAUGUGUCCUAUUUCGACGAACACCAGAUCUCGCGGGAUGAAGUAUCGGCCACGCUGGCGCGGAUCUUCAACGUCAUGAUUUUCCAGAGCGGCGCGCCUUUACAUUGUGACCCGCAUGGAGGGAACAUCGCCAUUCGACAUAAUCCCCAGAGAAGAUACCCUUACAAUUUCGACGUCAUUCUUUACGACCACGGCCUCUAUCGAAUGCCUGAUGACAAACUGAGGAGGGACUAUGCGAGGUGGUGGCUGGCAGUUAUCGACGCGGACGAAGCUCGAAUGCGAAAAUACGCCUACGAAGUCGCCGGGGUCACGGACGAGCAAUUCCCACUCUUCGCUUCGGCCAUCACCGGGCGUGAUUAUCGGGUGUUGACCCGCAGACAGGUCGCCACUUCGAUGCGCGACGCGGAAGAAAAGGAGGCCAUCAACGAAGUCUUUGGUGAAGAUCUCCUCCAACAACUCGUGCAGCUUCUCGGUCAUGUUCCUCGAAUCAUCCUCCUGAUCCUGAAGACCAACGAUCUCACUCGUAGUCUAGACGAGUCCCUGGGGUCGAAGGAGCCGAUGAGGCCGAUGAUGAUUCUGGCGCGAUACGCCAGCCUGACGGUCUGGGAAGAGGAGAAGGACAAGAUUCGCCGACGGGGCAGUCUGCUGCACCCCCGGAAUAUCUGGUGUUUGAUCAAGGCCUGGCUCCGUUUUGUCCGCGUCGAGUUGAAGUUGUUUGGCUAUGAACGAUAUUUAUCCCUGCGCCGACAUUUGAGGCUUGACCGGUAA